UGAAGUCACCCUGCAUUCUGUCAAAUUUUCAAAAUAUGAAGUGAUCAUUUGUGAUUUUUAUGUUGAUUGUGUAAUAUAUUUGCUUUAAUAAUAGUUUAAUUUUAUAAACCAACCGCUGUGUGGUGAUAUUAUUUGAUUAUAUUGUAAACCGGCAUCGGUUAUGAACUAGCGGCAUUGAAAAUUUUGUUGAAAAACCUUAUUGGUUAUUAUGUUUUAGAAAUAUUAUUAAACUGUGAUUAAAAGCAAAGGAACAACUCCAACAAUGUCGAGAAUACUAAACCAUCGGAUAAGAUCAUCUUUCAAGAAGCAAUCAUGGUCAUGUGUUGAUAAGAGGGCUGUAGCAUUUUCAAUAUGGACAGGACGUAGUGUACUCCUUCACAAGCCUCUAGACAGCUAUCAGAUUCCAAGAAGGAAAUAUGGCAUGCUCAUUGCCAGAGCUGUGAGAGGCGUGUUGAAAAUCAGAUAUUUACUUCUUGGAGGUGCUGUUGGUGGCGGCAUGACAUUAAACAAGAAAUAUGCAGAAUGGAAAGAUGGUCUACCAGACAUGGGUUGGCUGAAUGAUUUGUUACCAGAUAAUGAUCAAUGGGACAAAUUCACAACAACCCUUAUUGAUGCCAAGGACAAAAUUGGAGAUAAUUUCCAAAUCGGUGCGCCACUGACGCUGUCGAUACACGCAGAUCCGAGGCUCCGGGACGCGGGGCUCGCUAAGGCUGCAGAGCUGAAGGAGUGGCUCGCACAGAGGUAUGAGGACGCGGUGGCUGCGGCAGCUGUUAAUAACGCUACUAGUCAUAUUGAACCGGCACCAAAGAUAGUCAACAACCUACAGAGUAGACCGGCCCCGAUGUCUGCGUCAGCUAAAUCAAGCGCAGAAGAUACCGCUGCUUAUGAACGUCGUGUCCACGCCCUGCAAGAGGAAGUGCUAUCCCUGCAAGCUCGUUACCAGCGCGAGUUGCAGCGGCUCGAGCAAGAGAAUAGAGAACUGCGGCAGCAGAACAUGCUGCUGCGGCAGGGAAGACAGCCGUCCGCUAAGAAGAUGAAGCGCUCCCUCAUCGACAUGUACUCUGCAGUAUUAGACGAGCUGGCCGACUGGGACUCGGGUGAAGCCGGUCGACUGCCCCGUGUGGUGGUGGUGGGAGACCAGUCAGCUGGCAAGACGUCCGUGCUGGAGAUGCUGGCUCAGGCCAGGAUCUUCCCACGGGGUGCGGGGGAGAUGUGUACUAGAGCACCAGUAAAAGUGACAUUAUCUGAAGGCCCGUACCACGUGGCGCAAUUCAACGACUCGUCACGAGAAUUUGAUCUCAACAAGGAAUCUGAUCUAGCUGAUUUACGGAAGGAGGUGGAGCUGCGCAUGCGCAACAGCGUGCGCGGCGGUCGCACGGUGUCCACGCAGCAGAUCGCCAUGUCCGUGAAGGGGCCCGGCAUCCCGCGCAUGGUGCUCGUCGACCUGCCCGGCGUUAUAUCCACGCAAACAGUAGACAUGGCGGCGGACACGCGUGAGGCGAUCAAGCAAAUGACGAAACAAUACAUGGACAAUCCAAAUGCGAUCAUAUUGUGUAUACAGGAUGGAUCAGUUGACGCCGAGCGAAGCAACGUGACAGAUCUAGUGUCGUCGUGUGACCCGCAAGGAAAGAGGACUAUCUUUGUGCUAACUAAAGUCGAUUUAGCUGAAGAAAAUCUCGCAAAUCCGAACCGAAUUCGACGUAUCCUAGAAGGUAAAUUGUUCCCGAUGAAGGCUCUGGGUUACUACGCGGUGGUGACGGGAAGAAGUCGAAAGGAUGACUCGAUUCAGAGUAUAAGGGAAUAUGAAGAGAGAUUCUUUAGAUCAUCUAAGUUGUUCAAGGACGGCAUGGUGGCCGCCGGUCAAGUGACAACACGCAACCUAGCGCUGGGCGUGGCCGAGUGUUUCUGGCGCAUGGUGCGUGACUCGGUCGAGCAGCAGGCGGACGCUUUUAAGGCGAUGCGUUUUAAUUUAGAGACUGAGUGGAAGAAUACGUUCCCGAGACAGCGCGAGCUGGACCGCGACGAGCUGUUUGAGCGAGCCCGCGCGGAGCUGCUGGACCAGUCGGCGGAGCUGAGCGGCGUGCCCGCGGCGCAGUGGGAGCUGCGCCUGCGCACCGCGCUGUGGGAGACGGCGGCGCCCAACGUGCUGGCCGCGAUCUACCUGCCCGCCGCCACCACCGCACACCUGGAUAUUGACAAAUUCAACACAACAGUCGAUAUUAAGCUCCGGGAAUGGGCUGAAAACGAACUAGCCCAACAAUCUAUACAAGCCGGUCGCCAGGCGUUACGUGAAGAGUUUACAGAAUUAAUGUCCCGGGCUGCGGACUCUGAUGCUAUCUAUGAACCCGUGAAGAAAGCGGCCGUUGAUGAAGCGUUGAGACGACAUAAUUGGGAGGAAAGGGCGCAAGAUGUGUUGCGUGUGCUCCAAGUGAACGCGUUGCAAGACCGUUGUGUGGGAUCUCGUGCCGAGUGGGAUGCUGCGGUGGAACUGAUGGAAUCCGCGCUCACUGAGCGGCUGCAAGUUGUUGAGGCUGAGCUUAAGAGUCUUGUUGGUCCAGGUUUCCGCGACCGCUGGCUGCGCUGGGAAUACACGAACGAAGAGCAAUCUAGACGUGCUCAAGUGAAAUGGGAGCUAGAGCAACUGGGGUCCGACAGACCGGCCCUGGGGUACGACGAGGUGGUGGCCGUGAGGGACAACCUGCGCAGGCGCGGCGUGGAGGUGGACAACGAGUAUAUACGUGAAACCUGGCGGCCGCUGCACUUGAGACAGUUCCUACAACGCGCUUUAUCGAGAGCAAGAGAUUGUCGCAAGAGUUUCUACCUUUACACACAACAAAACGGCACUGGGAAGGAAUGCUGCGAAGUGGUAAUGUUCUGGCGCGUGCAAAGUGCGCUCCGAACUACUUCCAACGCGCUGCGGCAACAGAUCGCCAACCGGGAGGCUGGGAGAUUGGAUCGAGAGUUACGAGAGGUGUUGGAUGAGAUGGCAGCAGAUCCAGAUUUAAAGAAAAACUUACUGUCCGGGCGACGGGUGGAACUUGCUGAGGAAUUAAAGAGAGUAAGACAAGUGCAGGAGAAGUUAGAAGAAUUUAUAGAAGCGUUAAACAAGGAGAAAUAAGAAUACUUAAUGUUAUUAAAUUAUGUAUUUAAAUACGCCUUGCAUUUCAUUAUUACAUAUUUAAUAUUGCAUUAAAUGCGUAUAUGAAUGUACUACUAGUGUUUAAUUAUAAGAAAAUAAAUUUAAGAAUUGGUUAUGAGUUUUUUUCCUUUUUUUUUUGUAUAAAAAUGAUUUUCAACUAGUCACUAUCGUCAUUUUGAUUAUAAUAAUAUAUCCCAAUUAAAAUAGUUGAUUCUACCAAAUUAAUUUACUAUUAAAAUUCUGUUUAUAUUUUUUGUAUACCUUAAAUUUAUUUAUGCAUUCACUGUAAACAAAAAUGGCAUUAUUUUAAGUGAUUGUUCCUUCAAUUUUUUUGCAAAUUAAUUGUAUACAGUAAACUUAAUUAUAGAAUGUAUCUAGUAAACAAUACAUGACGAUUUCACAGCUUCCUGAUAUGUUAUGUUUAGCUUAUCUGUCAGUUAAAAAUAACGAUUUGAAAAUAGCCAAAAAGUAUUGAAUAUGCUAUCAGGAAGUUGUUUAAUCGACAUUAAUCUUGUAAAUAUAAAACUAAUGAAAUGCAAGGUACUUCGACUGUUUGGUCAAUAAGUUAGGGUAAAGAAAAUAUAUUAUUAUGUAUUGAAAUCACAUAAAAAUAAUGUAUUUAUUAUGGCUUGAUCCGUUUUUUCAAAUAAUAUCCGUUUUUUUUCGAUACUGCACCUAAGUAUGAAAUAUAUUAAAAAUUCAAAUGACGAAGGAAUAAGAAGCUUUUAGAUAUAACACAAAAGACUCGAUUUUAAAGCUAUUAUUAAAAGUGCCCCAUAUUAAGGGCAAAAAUUGCCCCUAAUAUUGCCCUACUUAAUUGACCAUAUAACAGUAUGGUAUGUUAGGUAUAGUGUAUCGAAUAGGAUGCGUGUAUGUCGCUAUGUAUUGUUGUUAACUUAACGUCUUAAGUUAUAUUUUUUAAUAAAAUGUUGCACAAAAUA